CUCUGUUUUCCUCGUUUGUCGGUGUUGUGUUAAGUGAAACUAUGCCUAAAGUACUUUGUACAUCAUGAAGAUAUGCCAUGGAGAUAGCAUAGUGCAAGUACCAGAGUAUUCAAGCUCUACAAAACACCACCAACGAACUACUAGACAGUGAACACACUCAUCAAAGCAAGUCACAUACGCUGUUCUAGACGAGACCAAACCAUAAUCAAAUCUAGACCUCGUUCUUGAAGCAACAAACCCCCCAUCCCAAAGCUCAAGUCUCGCAGUCAACAAGCCAUAAAUUAGGGUUCCGCCUUACCUUAAAUACAAUGGCCCGUGCAGUACCGUCAAUACAGUAAUCGAACCUUCCGCCUUCACUAUCGCCAUCAUCAAUUUACUUUACUUUACUUUUACUCGCAUCAACCUCCAACCUCACCCCAAUCCAACAAACCCAGAAAAUCCAAAAAAGAAUGGCGCUAGUAUCCUACUCCGACUCCGAAGCCUCAGACCCCGAACCCGAAACCACCACAAAACCCACCCCACAGACCACCACCACAAAACCGACGACCGCCGCCCCAAAACCCAAACUCGUCGACAGCAGCAACCCGCGCAAGAUCCGGGUCGCGCUGGACCUCAAACCCGAAGAUGCCAACGAUAACAACGAGGACGGGCCAGCGCGGAAGAAAGCAAAGAUAGGUGGUGGGGGCGCGUUCGCGGGGUUUAAUUCGUUUUUGCCUGCGCCGAAGAGGGCUUCACCCGCUGCUGCGGCGGAGAAGAAGGGUGCUGCUGCGGGGCGGAAAGUGUUUAGUUUGAAGACGGGGGCUGAGCCGGGGUUUGAUCGCGGGUUGGAUGAGGAGAGUCGGAAUGAGUGGGCUAUGGAACAGGCGGCUACUGGCAGCGGGGGGAAGGAUGAUGAUGAUGGGACGAUUCCCAAGGCUGGGAGUUUGAGGGAGGAUACUGGCGACGGUGGGCUGCAGAUGAAGAAGCCCGAGGAGGUGAAGCUGAAGGGGAAUCCGAUGAUGUUUAAGCCGUUGUCUGUGGGGCGGGGCACACAGAAGAAGAAGAAAGUUGUUUCGUCGAAACCGGUCGAGACUGCUGCUCAGGAGCCGGUCUCGGAACAGGCUAAGCCUGCUGCUGCUUCUGCCUCUGCUCCUUUGCAGCCGCCUGCGCCGAAACCGAAAGUGAGUCUUUUCUCGCUGGGGUCGAGCGAGUCUGUCGCUAGUGUCGCUCAGGGUCCUCAGGCGCAGAGCGCCACGUAUGAGCCGUUAGUGUAUACUGCGGACAAGGAUGCGCCGGAGGCCGGUCCGGAGGUAGAGCGCGAGCCUCAGGCUCCGGCUGUGUUGUCGGAGCCGGCGACGACGCAGACGUUGGAUAAUAUCGCGGAUGAUCUGAAUCUGUCGCGGUCUCAACGACGGCACCUCUUUGGUCGCAAUGCGGACGCCUCGAAAUCGCGGAUUCUUCAUUUCAACACUGACAAGGAGUAUAUUGCCAACCAGGAGAUGGCGCAUCAGACCGAUAUGGCGGUUCAGCACAACCCGGUUCGUGCCAUUGCUCCCGGAAAGCACACGCUGCAACAGCUGGUCAAUGCGGCAAGCUCUCAGCGGGAAGCUUUGGAGGAGAGCUUUGCUUCUGGACGAAGGAACAAGAAGGAGGCUGGGUCGAAGUAUGGCUGGUAAAAUAUGCAUUUCCUUCUUUGUCUCUCAACUCGGAUAUCAACGUUGUAUAUGUACGAAUCAAUUCGCAUGGAAGAAUAGGAGUUUGGAUUUAUGGGUACUACCUGGUUUUGUUCAGAGGU